AUGGACAGUGAGCCAGGAUUUUUGCUAGGAGCUGUCCGAUGCCUUCCUUUGGAUGGGUCCAUCCGUGAUUCCAUUGCACAAACGAUAUGUCAACAUUGUAAAGUUAAGGAUUUAGUGUUUGCUUUAAUAAUUGCCAGCAGUCAACUUGUGACGUUAGUGCGAAUGAAGAAAUAUUAUUUGCAUCCUGUGGACUUGCACCUUAUCAUCAACCUUGUCAAUGCAUCUGAGUCUUUCAAAGCUGCAGAGUCUUGGACUCCAAUUUGUUUGCCAAAAUUUGAUUCAAGUGGUUUCCUUCAGGCUCAUGUCUCCUACCUUGACGAGAGCUGCCAGACGUGUUUGUUUCUUCUUACAGUUGAUCGUGAUUCCUUUUUCACUUUAUCUGAAUGCAAGAGUAAAAUUAAACAGAAAUUGCAUAAGUCUAACAGUUUACAGGCGAUCAGUGAUUCCUUAUCGCGGAACAGUUACAGUAUAAAACAGUGUGCUAUUUCUGGUCUGCGGCAUUUCCUGUACAAGUCUCGUAACUCGGCACAAUACACAAGUCCUGAACUGGAGGCUCCUUACCUUAGCCAAGAUGAACAGGAACGAUUAUUUGGCCUUUACCAAUAUUUGCACCAUCGCAUCCAUAGUGGAUGCCGGCCUCUCAAAUUGCUCUACCAUGUAGGGCCACACGAAACCUUAAUAGGAUGGAUUACCCAGGGAUUUGAGCUCUAUGCUGUAUUUGGUCCUCUUGCUCCACUCACUCCACUCUUUGCUACUGCCUUCCCUCUGAGACGCCAGCUCACUCCUGCAGCUUCCAACAGUCUCCAGCUCCUCCUGCCGCUUUCAGCUCACUCCUGCAGCUUCCAGCACUCACACCUCUCGGCCCGCUGCAACAAGUCUCGGGCAUCUAGAUAUGACAGUUCAUACAAGAGAAGCGGGCUAACUUCCGAAAGUCAUUCGAUCACCACUCUUCAAGGCUCCACUCUUUGCUACUGCCUUCCCUCUGAGAUGCCAGCUCACUCCUGCAGCUUUCAGCUCACUCCUGCAGCUUCCAGCACUCCUGCAGCUUCCAGCAGUCUCCAGCUCCUCCUACUGCUUCCAGCUCACUCCUGCAGCUUCCAGCACUCCUGCAUUGUACGGUCGAUUGGCACUCACACCUCUCGGCCCGCUGCAACAAGUGGUGACCCCGACGUGAAUUAUGGACACAGGCAAACGGCUAGCAGAGAAGAUAGCGGAACACACCGAAACAGAAAUCAACACAUCAGCCGCCCUGAUACAACUACCGCCAUACAACUCGAUCAACACCACCAGCACGAAAGGUCACGACAGGACACUAAAUACGCCUCCGUGGUACAAGCCUUACCAGCAUCAAUCGUUGAAGAAGUGGAAGACAUCCUUCUCAAUACUCCGGACCAACUCCCAUACACCUGCCUCAAAGAAGCCAUCCUCAAACGAACUGGACGUUCGGACGAAGACCACAUCAGAGACUUAUUCUCUAAUGUGUCUCUCGGCGACAGGACACCAUCCCAGCUCCUCCGCCUGAUGAAGAGCCGCCUCGGGAACAACACCAUGGCAGAACCCAUCCUCCGAGGGCUAUGGAUGGAUCAGUUACCACCGAAUAUAACACAAGUUCUAGCCCUGGUAUCAGUAGAGACGCCCCUUGACGUUGUGGCCGACUCAGCCGACAAAAUAUACUCCCAGGCUCACCAAAAAGUUCACCAGGUUGAGAGCCACGGAAACCACACACAACGCCUCGAAGAGGAGAUGACCCGGCUACGCGCAGAGUUGAGAGACCUGAAACUCUCCCUAUGCCGGAGGCAGCGAAGCCAAGCACCACGCACGCGAAAUCGAAGCCGUACCCGUAGCUCAAGUCCAGGACAGAGAAACAGUGUGGACGAAUGUUGGUACCACCAAACCUUCGUUGACACUGGCGCAGCCAUCAGCGUAAUACCACCCACCAACAGAUCCGCCUUUAAACCCACCCCAUUCCAACUUCGAGCGGCAAACGGCUCCACCAUAGAAACCUAUGGGAACAAGGAACUUACUUUAAAUAUCAACCUCGGGCGCGACUUCAAGUGGUCAUUCACCGUAGCUGACGUCAGGACACCCUUGCUCGGUGCCGACUUCUUGGCACAUUACAACCUGGCUGUCCAUAUGAAGACAAGGAUCCUGUCCGACAACAUGACAACCAUCAAGAUCACAGGGAUCCCAUCGAGCUUCAACACAACUAGGAUCAGCGUGGCAACACAGCACGACCCCCACUACGUAGAAAUCCUGCGCCGGUACAAACACCUCACGCAACCCAUCAAACCAACUGAUGCAGGCGACCAUCAGACCCAACACCAUAUAAAGACCACCGGACAACCAGCAUAUUCACGGCCACGACGACUCCCUCCACACAAUUUAGCAUAUGCCAAGAAAGCGUUUGAGGAGUUGCUGGCCGACAAUAUCAUCCGACCCUCAGACAGCCCAUAUGCUUCACCACUGCAUCUGUUCUUUUCAGGGCUAACUUCCGAAAGUCAUUCGAUCACCACUCUUCAAGGCUCCACUCACUCCACUCUUUGCUACUGCCUUCCCUCUGAGACGCCAGCUCACUCCUGCAGCUUCCAACAGUCUCCAGCUCACUCCUGCCGCUUUCAGCUCACUCCUGCAGCUUCCAGCACUCACACCUCUCGGCCCGCUGCAACAAGUCUCGGGCAUCUAGAUAUGACGGUUCAUACAAGAGAAGCGGCUCCACUCUUUGCUACUGCCUUCCCUCUGAGACGCCAGCUCACUCCUGCAGCUUUCAGCUCACUCCUGCAGCUUCCAGCACUCCUGCAGCUUCCAGCAGUCUCCAGCUCACUCCUACCGCUUCCAGCUCACUCCUGCAGCUUCCAGCUCACUCCUGCAGUUUCCAGUUCACCCCAACAGCUUCCAGCGGCCUCCAGCUCACCCCUGCGGCGCUCUACUGACGUCCCGCUACCUAUUCCAGCACCCGCUGACGAUCUAAUCCAGUGCCCACUGACGUCCAGCGCCCGUUAA